AAAUGCUGCCUACGUUUCCUCUCAAUGUUAUGGAUAUUUACGCAUAAAAAUACUUUUUUUGGAUUACACAUUUUCUUUGACAAUAUGCUUCCACCAAUUGCCAAUGCUGGCAAUAAUCUUUUGCAACCAGUUAGUGCUAACCACAAAAACAGUACACAACAAUCAACUCUGACUGCCACCGGCUGCGGUGAUAAUAGUACAACAAUGUCCAAUUCAAGCGUACAAGUGGGCUCCACCUGGUCAGACAAUCUUAAGGCGGGCGAUUUAAAAAUCGAUUUGAAUAACCUACUUUCGAGUAAAGCGAAUAAAUCAAAUGCACCGGCCCUAUCGAUGAAUGCCUUAAAAGUGCAAAAUCCCAACAAUAAUAUGCCACAAAUGAUGAAUAGCAUGUCACCGCAAAUGCCUCCGCCGUUAGCAAUACAAACGACAACACCAACCAUGGGUAAUUUUGCUGCAUUUGGAGCACAAACAACUAAUCCUGGGCUAUCGCCUGGUCUAAUGGUAGGUGGUGGCGUUGGAGUUUUCAACAAAACAUCACCAAACAUUCCACCAUCGUCAACACAAUUUGCUAAUUUCAAUCAAAUGAAUAACCUGAUGCAACCAGCGACUCAACCACAAAAAGGAUUUAUUAGCAAUAACAACAUAAGCAACAAUAACAACAACAAUAUGCAAUCAUUUGAUUUCUUUCAAUGAUAUCUAAUGGCAUAAAAGAAGCACACGCAAAUACACACACACACACACCCACACCUACAACUACAAUAUUAUUUGUCAAAGAGUAUUAAGUUAAAGAGUAUGGAGCUGUAAGAUGUAGCCUUAAGUUCAAGCAUCAAGUUGAGGUCGUUUAUAUAGGCCCUGUUAUGUUCUCUGUUUCUAAAAGAGACUAUAGCAGCUCUUCUUUCUCUUUGGCGUUCACAUAUUUGCAGUCUCAUUCUAUUACUAAGUAUGUGAAAAUCUGAUUGUUGAACAGAAUAAACAGCUGAUUUUGAUGAAUGAGAGAAUUGAGCUGUUGUUUGGCGAAAUGUUUAACUUUACACUUCAUUUUAUCUUGACAGAGAUGCUUACUUUGCAACAACAACAUAACUAAAGUCGACGUUUGCAGCCUAGACAUCUAAUUCUUUUUUAUGAGAGAAGUGCUUUAAGUGUCUCUUUCUCUUAAUACUCUUUGAUUACACUGUGGAAAAAUUAAAUAGGUUUUUUUUUCGAAAAUAACAUUUUUUUAUAGAUUCUAGAAGAGAGAGUAAAAAUAGAAGACACGUGUAUCGUUGCUUUGUAUUUUCGCAUCGUGAGGGGGCAGAAAUGUCCUUUGUUUGUUAAUAUUCAACUUAGGAUUCUUUAAAAUUCUUGUAUUUUAGGUAGGAAUUUUCAUGGCUAUAUUAGAUUAGGUUGGAGGGCAUGCGACCGUCGCACUCGUAAACCUUAGGUCCAUUGUGUUCGCCUUGGAUCGGGUAAAAUAAAAAAGAAGGAAAACAAGAAACUAAUCUCUAUUACACCAUAUUAAGAUGCAGAACAGAAACGAUAGAAAGAAAAAGGAAAUCAACGCACAAUGCAAAAAAGUUGGAAAUCAAGAGGAAAAUAGUGAAACUCUUAUAGGUUACAGCAUCGUUCAGUCCAGGUAUAUCAGAGGUCAAUGUUGACAUUUGUCCAAGGGACCCCAUCCACCCCGUCGAAGCCUGGAUAUUCCCAACCCAACGAUCCCUUUUCGGGAAUUAGACGUCCAACCCUUCAAAAGGUAGGAAGCCCCAGGUAGAUAAAUAAUCAAUCGCGUUUAGCAUGUCUCCGCAACGCAUCACAAUCAUCCAGCGGAAUAUAAAAAUGCCCAAAAUUAAAAGAGCCUCAAAUUCCUGACUGCCUCAGUCAAAUGGCAAUUCCUGAUUCCCUCACCCAUCCAUCCAAUAUACAGGGGAAAAGCCCUAAAAUCGGGUAAGACCUCCAAGACCUCUCUUAUGGCCCUUCUGCUUAGUCAAAAACGUCUGUACCGGUGCCGCCCGGCCUUCACUCAGACUCUACAUUCGAUACCGCUGAUUGCCCGCGACUGCAGUUGCAGCCUACUCCGUAAGGAGCAUUUCAUUAUCCGCCACCUUUAGACGCGCCCGGCAGCUCCCCGCUAAGCUUCUCGGAAUAACGAAGAAGACCACAAAGAUAGGAGCUUAAAGUUCCAGCCUGUGUGAUGGCUAUCCCAUGACACGAUUUUGAUUUCCUAGACGUUGCUUCACCAGCUUAGUUUCACGUCUAAGUACUUGACCUCCGAACAGACGGCAGGUCUUUAUCAUCCAGGUUAGGUCGCCAGGAUUUCGGCUCCUGGUGAAAAGUACCAGCCCAGUCUAUCUGGGGUUUAUACGAAUUUCAUUGACCAACGCCCAUCCAGAUAGCAUACUCAACGCCACAUGAAUCCGUAAUAAGAGGGGAAUCAGUCACCAAGUAUGUUGACGAUGUCCGCGUAGGCAAUGACGCUUUCCUACUCGAAAAACCUGAGAUCGUUGAUAACCAAAAACCAUAGAAGAGGGUAUAAAACCGCUCCUCGCAAGUCCUCCGCCAGUUAUGUGUUGAUAUUUCGGCCUUUCCGCAUUGCGCCAACCGCGUAGACAAGGUCGCCUUCUUUCUCGGAAGACUGGAGAUCGUUGAUAAAACCGCUCUUUGCGAGCCUUCCGCCAGUGAAGCGUUUAUAAUUCGGCCUUUCCGCAUAAGGUAGGCAAAAUGAAGUAACCCUCCAAAUUCCCUUUGAUGUAGCCAACCACCUUAGUGUAAGCAUGCUGAUAGCUGCAUAUGAUAUAUGUUGCAGAAGGUAGGCAAAUUGAAAUCGCCCAGCCCCAAAUUCACUUCUAUAUAGCCAACCACAUACUGGACCUGUCGAAUCUUAGCUGCAUAUGACAUAUGACCCAGAAGGUAGGCAAACUGAAGUCGCCCAUCCCCAAAUUUCCUUCUAUGUAGCCAACCACAUGCUGGACCGACCGAACCUUAGUGUAAGCAUGCUGAUAGCCGCAUACCAGUGAUGUAUCCUAAUACACGUGUCAAGUAGUCUGCAGUCUGCUCAGUGUUUCUAAGGUAGCUGGCACGUAGUCCUUGGGCAGGGAGUGGCCCCAUUUUCCUGCUUUCGGUAAGCAAACCACGUUAACCUCCCAUCCGUGUCAUCGUGUCAAAGACAAUAAAAAUAUUCAAAAAAUUUUACUUUGAGGCAAAAAAGAGUUGGAGCUACAUUUCGCCAUUUUAGAAUUCUGUUUAAAAAUUUUGGCUUAAGAUUCGUUGCAAUCCUUGUAUUUUAUGCAUAUCGUUUCUAUGCUAAUAUUACUGAUACUAUUGCAAGGAAUAUUUUUUUGGAACAUUUUAACCCUCAGGAGACCCAUUGAAUGGAUUUUUUGGUCCCUAUUUUCUAGAAGUAUAGUAGAAAAAUCAAUUUAAAAAUGUUCUAUAAAAAUCUUAUCGCCAUUUUAUUUUCCUGUAGGCAUAGGAAUUCACCAAAAGCGAAUUGGCUAACAUUUAUUCCAGAAAUCAGUAAUAUAGCAAAUUUGUCCAUGAACAGUACUUAAGGAACAGGUGCAGAAAUCAGUUAAAAAAAAUUUAAAUACAUUAAAGUUGAUAAGGGGCCCCUCCUAAUGCUGGCAACAUUUGUGAGGUACUAUGCCAUGUAAAACUUCUCUCCAAAGAGGUAUCGCACUGCGGCACGCCGUCCGGAUUCGGCUAUAAAAAGAAGGUCCCCAAUCAUUGAGCUUAAACUUGAAUCGGACUGCACUAAUUGAUAUGUGAGUUUUGCCCCUGUUUCUUUGUGGAAUGUUCAUGGGCAAAAUUUGCAUUUAGGUCAAAUUUGACUAUGGGCCACCUAAGAAAAGAAAUCGGUUCACAUGAUACAUUUCAAUUAAAUACAGCCAACCCUUUAUAAACCUUCAAAACUUCAAUACACAUGUCUUUUAUUUUUUCUGCUCCUUCAUAAUACCCUCAGUUUUUCUUGUAGUUUUUUUUUAUUUCUAUGUUCCACAGUGUUUUUUUUUUCUUCCUAUUCGACCAUAUAUUUUCGAAAUUUAUGUGUAAUUGUAAAAAAAAACCAAAUUGUUUUUCAAAUUCUAUUGCUAUUAUAAUUAUUAUUAUUUUGUUUUUUAAUUAAAAAUGUUUUUCCUUUUGUACUGCUUAUUUGUUUCCUUUUGUCUUUCAAAUUUUAUUAGCAAAUAUAUUAUUAAAAAAAAAUUGUAUUAUUAUUAAUGAUGUUGAAUUAUUAUAAUUAUAUAAAUAUAUGUAUGUGGUAUAUACGCUAUAUACAACAACCAACCAACCCAUUAUAUAUAUAUACUAUGUAGAAAACCGAAGUAUAAAUGAUAUUUUUUAAAACAAUAAUAUGAUCACAAAAAAUGUAUUGUUUUUUUGUAUACAUUUUGUUUUUUUUAUGAAUUUGUCUCAUUCCACCCUCCACACGUAUCUUUUACAAGAUAGUGUCAAAUAAAAAAAGAAGCCCCCUAUGAUAAGACUUGUACUAUGUAUUUUGAGUUAAUUACAAUUAUGAUGUACAUUUCAGUUAGUUAAUAUACAUGCAUACAGAGGAAGGGGUUUUGUCUCUGCCUCUCUUCCCUUGAAAUAUUGAAUGAAGUCAGUCAUAGAAAACAAAACACAAUUUUGUCAAUAGAGUAUUUGUAUGUGAAUAACAAGGUUUUAAACUGGAAA